UUUCGUCCUCGUUUUCCUUCGCCGCGUGCCAUUUCAAGGGUUUCGUCCUCCUUUCGCUCUUCCCGGUCUAUCGCUCUUGCAAUGGCGGCGCCGAAGAAAGUGAGGGCAGCGAGCCGGAACCCUAGCCUGAUUCGAGGCAUCGGGAAGUUCUCGAGGUCGAAGAUGUACCAUAAACGCGGGAUCUGGGCCAUCAAGGCCAAGAACGGCGGCUCCUUCCCCCACCACGACCCGAAGCCCGCCGAGCCCGCGCAGUCGUCCGCGAAGCCCCCGAAGUUCUACCCCGCGGACGAUGUCAAGACUCCCAUCCCCAAUCGCCGCAAGCCCAAGCUUACAAAGCUCAGGGCAAGCAUCACUCCGGGGACUGUUCUGAUCCUUCUCGCUGGUAGGUUCAUGGGAAAGAGGGUCGUCUUCCUGAAGCAGCUGCCUUCCGGACUUCUUCUGGUUACUGGGCCCUUUAAGAUUAAUGGAGUGCCUCUAAGAAGAGUAAAUCAAUCUUACGUCGUUGCGACAUCUACCAAGGUUGACAUAUCGGGAGUCAAUGCUGACAAGUUCCAUGACAAAUACUUCGCCAAGGAGAAAAAGGAGAAGACAAAGAAAGGGGAAGGUGAAUUUUUCGAGACUGAAAAAGAGGAAACCAAGUCUCUCCCUCAGGAGAAGAAGGAUGACCAAAAGGCUGUGGAUGGCCCAUUGAUAAAAGCCAUCGAAGCAGUCCCAGACUUGAAGGCCUACUUGGGUGCUAGAUUUUCGCUUAGGUCAGGAAUGAAACCUCAUGAGCUUGUCUUCUAAAUAUAAAAGUUUUUUCUCCAUUUCUGUUUGAUACAAUUCUAUUUUUCAAAAUAGUUGGUAUGUGCAAUACUUUUGACUGUCAAGAAGAAUCUCGAGUUUUUGUUUCGUGCUCA